CUCCGGGGUGUUUCAACAGGAAGGCGGACAUGUUGGUCAGGCAGUGGGAGAAAAUCGGGCACCCAGUUUUUUUUUUGUUUUUUUUUGAAUAAUAACAUCGAUUAAAGCUUGAACUAUCCUUACGGUUACAGCACAGCGGAUUACAUACUUUUUUGGAAAAGUAGAAGCCGGGCGUGCCGACUUGGAGAUGUUUAUUGCAGAAGAACCGUAAAGGAUCGUUUUAACCAGGAUCUUGUUUUAACUGAUCGAAAUUUGUAAGGCGAAGUUUUUUUUUUCGCCACUUCUCACUUUGCAGCUGUCAGACUCGUUUGGCCUGGCAGGCAUUUAUGGACAGAGGCCUGGAGAAACUUCAUUUCAUGUGGCCGCAUGCUAACUCUGCAACAUUUAUUUUAUCCCUUCUUGUUUUUUGCGCGGAUAUGAUCUGUUCGUCUGUUUUAAAAGAGCUCGUUUCCCACAUAUCUCCUGAAGCUAAAUUAGCUUAGCGCACUAUAAUCUGUUGCUGCUUUUGUGUUUGCCAAGUUGUCAUGGACUAAUCCGACACCUUGUCUUGUUGUUGUUUUGUUUUUGAAAAUGUGGCUUUUCGUCAUCUCUCCGUGUUGUACACGUUUCAACGAGAGCGAUAAUAAGACUGUAAGACACAAAACGCUGCUUUGAUCAAACUAGUGCUUGCUUUGUGAGGGCAGAGGAAGUUGGGCGAGUUAAUUUGCUAACCUUAGCCAGUACACUCACAUCUCUUUCAUACGUCUGAAUCGGAUCAGUUAUGAAUAUGUCUGCUGGAGAAAGUUUGACAGCUCGCUUCGAGAAGAUCGAUGCUAUGCUGAAGGAUCCCAAAUCGGAGAUCAACACAGACUGUCUGCUGGACAGUUUGGAUGCUCUGGUUUACGACCUUGAUUUUCCGGCCCUGAGGAAAAACAAAAGCAUCGAUAACUUCUUAAAUAGAUAUAAGGACACGAUCAGCAAGAUUCGGGAACUGCGUAUGAGAGCAGAGGACUAUGAAGUGGUAAAGGUCAUAGGAAGAGGGGCGUUUGGAGAAGUUCAACUGGUUAGGCACAAAGCCACGAGGAAAGUGUACGCCAUGAAGCUGCUCAGCAAGUUUGAGAUGAUCAAGAGGUCGGACUCGGCUUUCUUCUGGGAAGAGAGAGAUAUUAUGGCCUUUGCCAAUAGUAAUUGGGUAGUACAGCUGUUUUAUGCAUUCCAAGACAACCGCUACCUCUACAUGGUGAUGGAGUAUAUGCCAGGCGGAGACCUGGUCAACCUCAUGAGCAACUAUGAUGUGCCUGAGAAGUGGGCACGCUUCUACACCGCCGAGGUCGUGCUGGCACUGGACGGCAUCCACUCCAUGGGCUUCAUUCACAGGGACGUGAAGCCUGACAACAUGUUGCUAGACAAGGCUGGCCACUUGAAGCUGGCAGACUUUGGGACAUGCAUGAAAAUGAACAAGGAUGGGAUGGUACGAUGUGACACAGCUGUGGGAACUCCAGACUAUAUUUCUCCAGAGGUACUGAAGUCGCAGGGAGGAGACGGCUACUAUGGCCGAGAGUGUGACUGGUGGUCUGUGGGGGUCUUCCUCUACGAGAUGCUCGUUGGUGACACGCCAUUCUACGCUGACUCUCUGGUGGGCACCUACAGCAAGAUCAUGAAUCACAAGAAUGCCCUGACCUUCCCCGAGGACAGCGACAUCUCAAAGGAUGCAAAAAACCUCAUCUGUGCUUUCCUCACUGAUAGGGAAGUGCGGUUAGGACGCAAUGGAGUCGAUGAAAUCAAGCGACACGGUUUUUUCAAGAACGACCAGUGGGCAUGGGAGAACAUCAGAGAGACGGCUGCUCCAGUGGUGCCGGAGUUAAGCAGUGACGUAGACACAAGCAACUUUGACGACAUUGAGGAAGAUCGAGGGGAGGAGGAGACAUUCCCCAUUCCUAAAGCGUUUGUAGGCAACCAGCUUCCGUUUGUGGGGUUCACCUACUACAGCAAUAACCAGUUUCCUCGGGAAUCACCUGUAAAGAGUGACAAACGCAGCUCGACAAAGGAAGAUAAGAGUCACUUGGAGAAUCUUCAGAAGAGAAUUUAUCAGCUAGAAGAAAAACUUAACAGUGAGAUGCAGCUGAGAGACGAGAUGGAGCAGAAGUGCAGGACAUCCAAUACAAAGCUAGACAAGAUAAUGAAAGAGUUAGAUGAGGAGAGUAACCUAAGGAAGAGUGUGGAGGCUAGCAUGUCUUUACUGGAGAAAGACAAGAUCAUGAUCCAGCACCGAGCAACAGAACAUCAACGGAAGGCUGACCAGGAGGCUGAAAAACGAAGAAAUCUGGAGAACGAGGUGUCUACUUUGAAGGAGCAACUGGAAGAAUUGAGGAAACACAGUCAAAACAAUGACAAGAUUGCCCAGCUACAGAACCAACUGGGGGAAGCCAACGACCUCCUGCGGGCUGAGUCGGACACGGUGGUGCGCUUGAGGAAGAGCCACACGGAGAUGAGCAAGUCCAUGAGCCAGCUGGAGGGAGUGAACCGUGAGCUGCAGGAGAAGAGUCGCGCUGCAGAGAGUGUCAAACAGCAGCUGGAGAAAGAGCUUCUGCAACUGCAGACCACGCUGGACACCGAGAGACGGUCCUGCAGCCAGGGCUCGGAGGAGAUCAGGGAGCUGCAAGCUCGUAUCACUGGUCUACAGGAGGACAACAAGAACGUGAAGCAGAGUUUGUCCAAAGUGGAGCUGGAGAGGAAACAAGUCCAAGACAGAUGUAACGUUCUUGAGAAGGAGAAGAACAGUCUGGAAAUUGACCUGAACUACAAGCUGAAGACUCUCCAGCAGCGGCUAGACCAGGAAUCGACCGAGCACCGCAUCACGAAGGCUCAACUCACAGACGAAUAUGAGUCUAUCGAGGAAGCCAAGUCAGCUGCUAUGCACGCGGUGGAGCAAAAGGUGUCGGAGGAGACCACACUGCGGAUGCGAGCGGAGAGCAGGGUGGUGGAGGUGGAGAAGCAGUGCUCCAUGCUGGAGUUCGACCUCAAGCAGUCCGUGCAGAAGAUGGAGCAGCUGAUGAAGCAGAAGGAGAGGCUGGAGGACGAGGUCAAGGAGCUGCGGGUGCAGUUGGAGCACGAGUCCGCCAAGCGUUCGCUGUGCCAAAACGAGCUGAAAAGCUGGACGAUGGAGGCUGAACGCCUGAAAGGAUCAGAGAAGCAGCUCAAACAGGAGAUCAACGCGGCCCUCGAGAACAAGCGCUCCGUCGAGUUCCAGUUGGCACAACUCACCAAGCAGUACAGAGGAAAUGAGGGUCAGAUGAGGGAACUUCAGGACCAGCUGGAGGCUGAGCAGUAUUUCUCAACACUCUAUAAAACUCAGGUGAAGGAGCUAAAGGAGGAGAUCGAGGAGAAGAAUCGACAAACUCAAGACGCUCUCAAAAAAGUCCAGGACAUGUACUCAGAGAAGGAGUCGCUCUCUGCUCAGUUGGACCUCACCAUGACGAAAGCAGAGUCGGAGCAGCUGGCCCGUGCGCUUCAGGAAGAACAGUAUUUUGAACUCUCUCAGGAGAACAAGAAGGCCGUGUCACGUUACAAACUGGAGAUCUCAGAGAAAGACUCCAGCAUCACACAGCUUGAGGAAUCCAUCAAAACCCUUACCAAAGAUGUGGACAUCCUCAGUAAGGAGAAGACCGAGUUGGACAGAAGGCUCCGAGCUCAAGAAGAAGAGUUCGCAGCAGAGAAGGAGGAGGUGGAAAACUCGGUAAAGGUGAACUACGAGAAGAUCCUUAAUAUAGAAAGAACUCUGAAGAUCCAGGCGGUGAAUAAGCUGGCUGAGAUUAUGAACCGGAAGGACAUGAAGUUGGACCAGAAGAAGAGAGGCAGCACCACUGACCUGCGCAAGAAAGAGAAGGAGAAUCGCAAACUGCAGCUGGAGCUGAACCAGGAGAAGGAGAAGUUCAACCACAUGGCCAUCAAGUACCAGAAGGAGCUCAACGAGAUGCAAGCGCAAUUGGCCGAGGAGUGCACGUAUCGCAAUGAGCUGCAGAUGCAACUAGACAGCAAAGAGAGUGACAUCGAGCAACUCCACGAGAAGCUGAACGACUUGCAGCUCCGCGUGGAGAACUCCAGCGUCACCAGCCUGCAGACGGACGAGCUGGACAGCAACACUGCUGAAUCAAGGCUCGAAGGCUGGCUCGCAAUACCUAAUAGGGUUAAUAUAAAAAGAUAUGGCUGGAAAAAGCAGUAUGUUGUGGUGAGCAGUAAAAAGAUUCUCUUUUACAAUGACGAGCAAGACAAAGAGCAGUCCAACCCCUCUAUGGUACUAGAUAUUGACAAACUUUUCCAUGUGCGUCCUGUCACGCAAGGCGACGUUUAUCGAGCUGAGACGGAUGAAAUUCCACGAAUAUUCCAGAUACUUUAUGCUAAUGAGGGUGAGUGCCGGAAGGAAGCGGAAAUGGAGAGUGUUCCUCAGGGUGAUAAGGCCAACUGCUUGCCCCACAAAGGCCAUGAGUUCAUCCCCACCCUCUACCAUUUCCCUUCUAACUGUGAGGCUUGCUCCAAACCCCUGUGGCACGUCUUCAAGCCCCCGCCAGCCCUGGAGUGCCGCCGCUGCCACGUCAAGUGCCACAAGGACCAUCUGGACAAGAAGGAGGACGUUAUCGCCCCUUGCAAAGUUAAUUAUGAUGUGACAUCAGCUCGAGACAUGCUGCUUCUGGCCUUGUCCCAAGAUGAGCAGAAGAAAUGGAUUGGUCAUCUCGGCAAGAAGAUUCCCAAGACCCCUCCUUCUACCUUCGCAAGGGCGUCUCCACGCACAAUGUCCACUCGCUCCGUAGUAAACCAGUCCUUCCGCAAGAACCCCAAAAACGUGCCAGGAAAGCCAAGCUAACCAUCUGAACCUCUGGAUUUAAUUGGGAUUUUUGUACUUUCCUCUCUAAGAAAAAGAAAAAAAAAAGUAUACAAAAAAUCUGUAACAAACAUGUAAUUAACCUUUUUAAAGUUGCAUUUCACAAGUGAAAAAGCAGACUGUAAUUGGUGCUGAAAUUCAGGAUUUACCUACCGCAAGGCAUCAUGGACACGCUUUGGCAUCAUCUUUUUCUGCCCUCUUCUCCCCAUAACACGGGUUUUUCUCAGAUUCCAUUCAUUCAACACCAUAUAUCCUACUGUCCAGAGGAAAGCAUCUUUUCACAGCUUGGCAAGGAAACUAUAGGCUGUUCUCAUGGCCAUGUCUUUCUGUUUGGACUCUGAAACCUCUGGGAUUGGGACUAUAGCUUGGCACCAUGGCAAACGGGGAAAUUUGGGGAAUUAACCGUAAAAGGGUCUCUGGGACAGUCUUUUUGAUUGCAAACCAUUUCCACUUCGGUCCACUCUGAUGCCGCCUUCUGAUGGACUCUGGUUGCCUUAUUCUACACCUCAAAAUGAAUUGGGUUUGGUUGCAAAGUAUUGGGUACUGAGAGUUUCUGAGGGGAGAUUUUGAGGUUGUUGUUUUUUUUUUUUUUUUUAUGGAGCAUGGAAGAUCAUUACAGUCUAUGCAUAAUAUUAUCAUAAUUGUCAUUUUCAUUAUUAUUGUUUUUGGAGGCUCCAAGCCAUAGGAUACCACCAGAAUGGCAUCGGGAGACAUAAAUGUCACAGAAACCAUUGAAAAGAAAUUGUGUCUGUGUGUGUGUUCAUUGGGUACAUUGUUUCUGUAAUAUUCUUUUGUUUAUCUUUUUUUUUUUUAUAUAAUGUGUUGCCUUACAUUUGAUUCAUAGAUAAAUGUUUCAAAAAGGAAAACAUUAAGUUAACAAAUGUAACUGCACUGUUUGAAUUGUAAUUUAUUUGUAGAACUAAACAUCUGUAGCGUUUGGCUCACCUAGUGCCUUUUGGAUAACAAUUUUACUGCCAUAUCUGUUUGCGCUCCUCUCCAAACAAAUCUUUACUAUUAUCAUACUUUGAAAACAAACGUAUCUAUUACAGUGUGAUUUUUACCAGAACCUAAAGAGUUUGAAACAGAGCGGACCAUCUAUUGCAUGUCUUCAAUGUUGUCAACCAAAGUUCACAAGUUCUGCAUGUUGAACAGUGAUGAAGGCAUCAUGCCCUCCUUUUUUUCUUUUGUAAUAUCAAUAGAAAAGACCGUUAACAUCCCAAGCGCCCGUCAAAACGGUUUCCGUCAGUGUACAUACUCGUGAAUCAAGAUGAUGAAUACCUCCUCAAUAAUCCAACAUGGUUUUUACAAAUGUGUUCAGUAAAAUAAGCACUGGAACAAUGAUCUGUUUUGAUGUGGAUGUAUUUGCAUGUUAAAUUGCAUUGGAGGCCGCACUGAUGGAUAUGUGUCAAUAAACAUAUCUUUAUCUAUC